AUGAGUUGUGUGUAUGCAUUCGGCUCUAAUGGGCAAGGGCAACUGGGACUGGUGCACGAUGAGGAUAUGGAUACGCCGCAGAGGUCUGCGUUGGGAGGUGAUGGAACAGUAGUCAGGAAGAUAGCAUGCGGUGGGAACCACAGCGUGGUACUGUUGAAUAACGGGAGUUUGGUAGGAUGCGGAGAUAACAGACGAGGAGAACUGAAUAAUGCACAAGCACUACAGCAGGUGCGUGGCUGGAGGCCAGUGGAGAUACCGGCACCAGUAGUGGACGUGGCGUGCGGCUGGGACACAACAGUUACCGUGGAUGCUGCUGGUCAUGUAUGGCAGCGAGGAGGCGGUUGUUACGAGUUCACACAACGGCAUGUGCCAUUGCAUUCCAACGAAGAACGCAUCGCAGUUUACGGGUGCUUCCAGAAUUUCGUGGUGGUGCAAGGCACGAGAGUAUACGGCUGGGGCAGUAACACAAAAUGUCAAUUGCAGGGGCAAAAAUGCCGAUCAGUAACGGAACCUAUGUUGGUGUACGAUACGGGUUCUGUGCCGGUAGACUACGUGGCCAUGGGUAAAGACUUCAUGAUCAUAGUGGACGAGGGUGGCCGCAUAGUACACGCAUCCGGUCGUCUGCCCACUGGGUUCGAGCUCGAGCAACAACAAGAGAGGCACGGCCUUGUAGUAACGUGCAUGUGGACUUCAAUCCACCUCUGGGAUAGGCGCCUCAAUACUGUAGAGUCAUUUGGUAGAGGUACACACUCACAACUGUUCCCGCAAGAAGGCUUACACUUCCCCAUUGUCGAUAUUACAACUGGGAGCGAGCACGGUAUCCUAGUCACCACUAGUCAAGAAGGCGAGUCCCACUAUUACAAAGUGUACUGCUGGGGUUGGGGGGAGCAUGGCAACUGUGGCCCGCAGAAGGGCUCCCAGCGUGGACUGCAGCUCGUGGGCCAGUACUCUGGAAAGCCCCGCGUGUUUGGUGGGUGUGCCACCACGUGGAUCGUGUUCUAG